UUCAAUUUUAUUACUAUCUCAAGAUCUCAGUGUUUUAACCAGCGCUGUAAUAGUCUAAAUAUGAUAGGAAUAUAAAGUUCUUGUCAAAUGAAAUUUAAAUUUUAUCUUUGACUAGAAAGUAUGUACAAUAAUAUACGAGAAUUUUUACUUAUUAGAGCUUGUUCUGGAUAACACGGUACAUAUAAUACGGUAACCGUGACGGUAGUUAUCGUGAUCGUUCCGAUUUUAGCUUGUUCGGCAUUCAUGACGAUAACGAUUUCCGUCUAGAUCUUCAAAUUUUUAAAAAAAAUUUUUGCAGUCUUUAUUUGAGAAAUUUGUAAAAAUGAAGAAAUCCACUCUAUACCUUUUGUACUACAAAAAAUAUAUUUCGCUGAAAUUAUUCGUGAUUCUGCGUCGGCGCUUGAUAAGAAACGGAAGGCGAGUAGAGCAGCGUGAUAACUGGACCGAAAGAGCUUUUCGUCUAGAGAACUGCAGCGAGAAAGAGUGUUGGGAUUAUUUUCGAUUCAGAAAGGACGAUAUCCCCACUUUGCGUAUAUGCCUUAAAAUUCCAGAUUCGGUUGUGACAGCAACAGGAGACCAUGCGUCUGGUAUAGAAGCUCUGUGCAUACUACUCCGACGCCUGGCAUAUCCUAACAGAUGGAUUGAUUUAAGAAAGCUGUUUGGUCGUUCUCACGGGUCCCUGUCAAGAAUAUUUUAUGCCACUUUGAAUAUUGUUGAUAUCCAAUGGAAAAAUCAUCUAUCAACAUGGGAUCACGACUGGCUAUCAGAAGAUUUUUUUGCGUUGUACGCGACUGCAAUUGCGGGGAAAGGAGGAAUCAUCCCUAAUGUUUUCGGGUUUAUUGAUGGUACAGCACGUCCCAUCUGCCGUCCUUCGGUGAAUCAAGAAAUCAUGUACAGUGGACACAAGCGAUUUCACUGUACAAAAUGGCAAUCUGUUGUGCUCCCCAACGGUUUAAUCUGCAGUCUAAGUGGAGGUCAGCCCGGCACGAUGCAUGACAGCCGCAUGUUUAGGGAAAGCGGGCUUUUAGAGCAGCUGGAGAAGAAGCAGAGAACUUAUCAGCGAAAGUUUAUACUCUACGAUGAAGGUUACGGAAACAAUGCGUUCUUGCGGAAGCCGUUCUCGAAGCUGGAAGUACGUACUAACCUCCUGAAGCGCAUGCAGAACAAUGCGAUGAAAACAGUACGCGAAAGUGUUGAAUGGGGAUUCAAAGAAGUCGUUGCAAAAUUUGCGUUUGUUGACUUUAAAAAGCAGAUGGCGCUAUUACAGAAGCCAAUUAACAAGAUGUUUAUAGUGGCUGUUUUACUAACUAACUGUAUAAACUGCAUGUAUCCUAACGAAGCAAGUCAGUUUUUUGAUACGGAACCACCUACGCUGCAGGAAUAUUUGCAAUAAAAUAAAACUGCUACAUUAGUUUUUAAUUUCUAAUCGCCUUCACUUAUUAUGUAAAAAUGCUUUAUAUCUGAGUUUUUCGAUAUCAAGCUUGUACUUUUCAAGUUCCAGUUCUUUUAGUCUAAUCUCUUUUUGAUCAGCCGCUUUUUUUUCUUCAAAUUGCAAUUUUUUCUCUUCCUGUUCGCGAAAAAAUUCCAUCCAUUUCAUGUCAGUUUCAGCCUCGUACUUUUUGCUGGCUUUUCGCGAUGACCGCAAUGCACUGGAA